UGAACCAGACAAAAUGAAUACCACAAAGAGUUGGAAGAGUAAUUUUGAAUUUAGUUUUUAAACAAAAAAGUCUAUAAACAGUGGUAAAAUAACAGUAACUGGUAUUAUUAACGUGUGGAACGUGCAUAAGAGUGCUAAAUUAAAAAAAUAUAUAAAAUGAAAUCUUUUGCUGUGUGUUUUGCUGUUUUGGCCAUUGCUGCCUUUGCCUAUGCUAUGCCCCAACAACGUGAAGGUGCUGCCUACACCAAUGAGGCUAUACGUCAAGCUCAACAGACUUUUCUGAUACCCAAAGAUGCCCAAAUUCAAAAUGUCCAGGAGGGUAUUGAAUUGGGAGCCUAUGAACAAAUACCCGGCAAUCAACGCAUCAAUCUUUUUGAAAUUUUAGGCGAUCAAGUUCCCUCGGAAGUAAUCAACAACUUACAGGCUCAAGUAGAUCAAAUUGGUAGAAAUUAAAUUAAAAUAAUUCUUAAUCUUAAAAAAACACUUUCAUUACAUUUCAUAUUGUUAUUUAUGCUCGAUAUAAGGUUAUAAUUAAAACGGCAAUUUUAAAAAUACCGUAUAUAACCUUACGAAAAUAUUGUUGUUAAUUUUUUUUUUGUUGUAAAAAUUUUCUGUUUUUUUGUUUAGUUUUUAAUAAAAAAAAAAAUAAAUAUUUUAGAAAAAA